AUGUUAGAAGAUCGCAAAAUGAAGACACAGUCGCAGGUCUCAAGUAUUUUCGACAUAGCCAAAGAUACUGUUCUGUUCCUCGUGCUGUCGUUUUAUUAUAUACUAGAGUCACUGUUCUGGACUCUAGUUCCCAACGCCUUUAGGCCUAUGAAGAGCUUAAAAGGGGAUAUUGUGCUGGUUACUGGAGGGGGAGGUGGAGUUGGAAGGCGAUUGGCGAUUCGACUUGCAAGACUUGGGGCUAAAGUGGUCAUAUGGGAUGUUAAUGAGGAUGCGUUAAAUAAAACAUGUUCUGCAGUUAGAGACGAGGGAUAUGAAGCGAAAAGCUAUGUUGUUGACUUGGCGGAUCGCGCUGCUGUUUAUAAAUCAGCCCAGAAAGUAAAGAGAGAGGUGGGUAAAGUUGAUGUUUUAAUAAAUAAUGCUGGCGUUGUCUUCGGAGAAACACUUUUAGAGCUAAAUGACGCGGCGAUAGAACGAACAUACAAAGUGAACAUUCUUUCACAUUAUUGGACUGUGAAAGCUUUUCUCCCAGACAUGAUAGAAAAUGGCAAGGGUCAUAUAGUGACAGUUGGCUCAGUGGCUGGCCUUCUUGGGACUUACCGAUGUACAGACUACAGCGCUACAAAAUUCGCCACUGUUGGCUUUCACGAAAGCCUUUUUACGGAGCUACGGGCACAUGGUCACAGCUCAAUCUAUGCAACUCUAGUAUGUCCAUACUACAUAAAUACUGGGAUGUUUGAUGGAGUAACACCGCGAUUGAUGCCUAUGUUGGAACCGGACUAUGUGGCCGAAACAAUGAUCGACUCAAUUCGAAAGAAUGAGGUUAACUGUAUCAUGCCUGGCUCUGUAAGGUAUCUUUUACCUCUUAAAUGCCUACUGCCGGCAAAAAUGUGCUGGGAUUUGAUGCAUCGAGUGAUGAAAGGCCCUCAAUCGAUGAUGGAGUUGAAGAAAAAACCCCAAGCCAUCUAA